AUGCCGUCCGCACCCAACACCAGCAAGUUCGUCGCCAUCGUAACUGGCGCAAACCAAGGUAUUGGUAAAGCCAUCGUAGCUCAACUGGCCCACCGCCCGACCAGCUCUCUCAUCUACCUCGCCGCGCGCGACGAAAAGCGAGGCAACGAGGCCGUCGACGAGCUGAAGAACGGCUUGCCAGCCGAUACGUCGAUCGCAUUCUUGCACCUCGACGUAACUAACGAGGCGAGCAUCAAUGCCGCCGCUGCGCGUGUGAAGAGCGAGGCGGGCAUCGUCAACGUGCUGAUCAACAAUGCGGGCGUCGCCGCUAAGGGAAGCGCUUUCGACGGGGAGAUUGCCAAGUGGACCGUCACUACGAACUAUACCGGAACCCGCAAAACAACUCAGGCGUUCUUGCCUCUCAUACCCGAAAAUGGCAGGAUAGUCAAUGUCAGCUCCACGAUGGGAAGGCUCGGACAAGUCUCCAAGGAGCUUCAAGACCAGUUCUCAUCCAAGAGUCUGACACUUGACGGCCUCGACAAGCUGAUGGAUCAGUUCGUCGCUUCGGUCGCGGACGGGACAUACGCAAGCAAAGGUUGGCCCCAACAGGCCUACGGUGUGUCCAAAGUUGGGGUCACCGCGUUCUCCCGAGUGCUCGCUAGGCAACCAGAAAUCACAUCCAAGAACAUCUUGGUUGCAGCAUGUUGUCCUGGAUGGGUUAGGACAAACAUGGGCGGAGAAGCCGCACAUCUGAGUGUAGAGGAUGGAGCCAAAACCCCGGUGUGGUUGGCAACAGCAGACAAGCAGGAGAUUUUGGAGGGUGGGAAGUUGGAAAACGGUCUAUUUUACAGAGAUCGGAAGCAUGUCGAGUGGUGA